AUGAAGCUCCCCUUCAACAAGGUGCCCAAUUUCAAGGCUCUCGGAUCAGGCCGUUCGUCCGAUGAUGCUCGGAUUAGCAGUCAUCCAGCUUUUGUGGAGAUGAAAAGUUCUCGUUCCAAACUUACCCAAGUGCAUUGGAACCAGUGGGGCUCUGCCGAUAAGCAAGGGGCCAUCGCAGAACUGGAGAUGGCGGGUGAGCUGCGCCUUUCGACGACGGGGCUCUACAGCGAUUGCGAGACGUUAAAACGCCAGGUUCUUCCCGCCAUGGUACCAGCAUAA